CACAAUUCAUCUGUAACUCUCCAGGCGAGAAGAGAGACUAGUACUCUUCUUCUUCGAUCACUACUACUGUUUCAUUUCCCUCGCUUCUCAUCUUCUCCUUGGCUCUUCUCCGGUACACCAGCUCGGUUUCCGGUCGUCGGUGAUGGGUUUUACGUGGCAUUUCUGUGCCGUCGUUCUCGCUCUUGCUCUCGUUGCACUUGUCAAUGGUGAAGACCCUUACAGGUUCUUCGAGUGGAAUGUGACCUACGGCGAUAUAUACCCUCUCGGCAUCAAACAAAGGGGUAUUCUGAUCAAUGGGCAGUUUCCCGGGCCGGAAAUCUACUCCGUCACCAAUGACAACCUCAUUAUCAACGUUCACAACAGCCUGCCGGAGCCUUUCCUCAUUACAUGGAAUGGGGUUCAACAGAGGAGAAAUUCAUACCAAGAUGGAGUGUAUGGGACAACAUGCCCCAUCCCACCAGGCAAGAACUUUACCUACACACUCCAAGUGAAGGAUCAGAUUGGCAGUUUCUACUACUUCCCAUCUCUCGCAUUUCACAAGGCUGCUGGUGGCUUUGGAGCCAUUAAAAUCCUCAGCAGGCCUAGAAUCCCAGUCCCAUUCCCGGAACCGGCUGCUGAUUACUCUCUUCUAAUUGGAGAUUGGUACAAUCUUGAUCACAAGAGACUACAAGCUAUUCUUGAUAAUGGUCAUCGGCUUCCUAACCCACAAGGUCUUUUAAUCAAUGGCCGUGGAGGCAAUGAUACAUGGUUCACAGUUGAACAAGGCAAAACUUACAGGCUUAGGAUAUCAAAUGUGGGUAUGCAGAACACACUGAACUUCCGGAUCCAGGGUCACCAAAUGAAGUUGGUUGAAGUUGAAGGAACCCACACUGUCCAGACCACCUAUGAUUCGCUCGAUGUCCAUGUUGGUCAAUCAUAUUCUGUGCUAAUCACAGCUGAUCAAGCCCCUCAGGACUACUACAUUGUCACCUCAACCCGUUUCACCUCCAAAGUCCUCACCUCCACCGCCGUCCUUCACUACAGCAACUCCAGGCGUCAAGUAUCCGGUCCCAUUCCCGGUGGACCUACCAUCCAAACCGGCUGGUCUCUUAGCCAGGCUCGUACCAUUAGGACAAACCUAACAGCCAGUGGACCUAGACCAAACCCACAAGGCUCAUACCACUAUGGUCUUGUAAAUGUCAGCAGAACCAUCAGGCUAUCUAGCUCAGCUGCUCAAGUAAAUGGGAAGCAGAGAUAUGGAGUGAACGGUGUGUCGUUCAUCCCUGCUGACACACCCCUGAAGCUUGCUGACUACUUCAAGAUUGAUGGAGUUUUCAAAGUUGGAAGCAUUCAAGAUAACCCCACCGGCCAAAAGAGCUUGUACCUUGACACUGCAGUGAUGGGUGCUGACUUUAGAACCUUUGUAGAGAUUGUGUUUGAGAACCCUGAGAACAUUGUCCAGAGUUGGCACCUUGAUGGAUACUACUUCUGGGUAGUUGGAAUGGAUGGUGGAAAAUGGACACCAGACAGUAGAAAGGAGUACAAUCUUGUGGAUGCAGUUUCAAGACACACCACACAGGUGUAUCCCAAGUCAUGGACUGCAGUUUAUGUAGCAUUGGACAAUGUAGGUAUGUGGAACGUGAGGAGUCAGUUUUGGACACGACAAUACCUUGGACAACAGUUUUACCUACGAGUGUACUCGCCGGUAGGGUCUGUUAGAGACGAGUACCCUAUUCCAAAGAAUGCUCUUCUUUGUGGCAGAGCUGCUGGCAGAACACGUAGAUAGUUAUGAACAAGCUAGCUGCUGAAGACUAUCAUAUUCAACAUUAACCAUUCAAAUUGAGUGUCAUUCUUUUGUAAGAAACAUUAUAGUUCGUCAAUAAGGGGAAGCAAUAUACAGUUAGUUCUGUGGAAUGUAAUUGAGCAAUCAGAAGGCAAAGGUGCAGAAAUUUGUUGUAAAUUUUAUUUAUUUUCAAUUAAUUGAAGAAUAAUAGAAAGUUUAGUUGUUG